UCUUCCUCCUGCAAAAUGUAAACAAAUCAACAAAAAAAAACAACCUUCAAAAUAUUGUCAAAGGUUUCGCCAAAAUGGCAUCAAAAUACAGUGUUUUAGGAGGGCAAGAUCGUUUGGGUUUAUAUUCGGAGGAUCAGCUGUACACAGAGCGUACAUCUGCAAACAAAACGGCGGACAUAGUGGGAUGGAUUAUCACGUUUCUGGCCUAUCUUUUUGCCGUUUUAACGUUUCCUGUGUCCGUGUUUUGCUGCGUGAAGAUCAUCCAAGACUAUGAGAGAGGUGUAAUUUUUCGUUUAGGACGCUUGCAAUCUAUGAAACAGCCAGGAGUCAUUUUCAUCUUGCCUUGCAUUGAUAAGUUUGAAAGAGUCGACAUGCGUGUGAAAGCUUUCAAUGUCCCACCACAAAAGAUUUUGACGAAAGAUCAGGCUGCAGUUUUAGUUGGGGCGACAGUCCAGUUUCUGAUUACCAAUCCAGUGGCAUCGAAAGGUGUUGUGCAGGAUUUGAACCAUUCCAUGCGUGUGUUAGCGCAAACAACCUUGGUCAAUAUCAUGAUGACACUGAAACUGGUUGAACUACAAAAUGAUAAAAAGUUUAUUGGUAUACACGCUCAGGAUGAGCUGAACAAAGCCACAAAGUCAUGGGGAGUGCAGAUCCACCGAAUAGAAAUCUCUGAACCUCAAGUCAUCUGUGCACCACCUGAGUACAACCCUGAUUUCUCAACCAUGUUCAAAGGAGCUGACAAUCCAAUAAGUACUAUAUUUCAAGUUAUGCAGGGAGCAACAAGCGGUCAAGCUCCACAAAUUUUACCGAUGCAAAGUGCUCCAGCCGCCCAUCACGUGCAAUCCAUGCCAGCAUCGCGUGAACAACCCCCUCAGCCCAGGCCCCUCGACCCCGAUCAACUGGUGGCCGUAUUUAAUCAUGUGACGGACGAACGGCUGGUGCAAGAGAUAGGUUGCGUCUAUCAGUUCAACAUCACCGGCGACGGAGGAGUCUGGUACUUAGACCUGAAAUAUGGCCGUGGGUGUGCGGGCAAGGGCCCGCCUUCGGGAUGCAAGCCCGACGCGAUCAUCUCGCUCUCGUCCGACGAUAUGCGCGCCCUGUUUGCGGGCGAGAUGACGGCUUUUGAUGCCUAUAUGCAAAGCAAGGUGAUUGUCGAUGGUGAUGUGAGGAUGGCGAUGAAAUUACAGACCGUUGUCGAGCGAAUGAAACAACCGCGCAUGACGACGAGAACUGCGCAUGCGCAGAAUGAUAUUCCGAUGCAUGCGCGAAAUGACGUCAUGAUUAUUUAGAAUAGUAUUUAAAUUAAUAUUAUAUUUAAAUUUAUUUGCACCAUAACAGUAAACAGCUCACGUUGGUUUGAACCGUCAGGGUUUCUCCCAAUACAGCAGGCUUGGUAUUUCAGCGGUUCACAGACGAGCAAUCUAAAGCGCUAGCCUUGUAUUUCACCCACUAAUCCUAAAAUGUUACAUAAGACAACCGCUGACAAUACAUGGACAUAUUCAUUUCAUUCCUACACUGUGAUGCUGGAAUUAUUCUGACGAAA